UUCCUCGCAGUCUCAGGUCCGCCUCCGCUUAGCCAGGCUCUUCUUCGGCCCUGUCCUCCACCUGGAGUCGCCGAAGCAACAGAAUUCCGCUGGGGUGGAGCAGGGUGCCCACUAAGCCUUCGGACGCUUGGCAGAAUUAUUUGAUACUGGAAUCUGGACUGCCCGGGACAGCGCCUGGGCUCGGACCGCAGCCCUCUUCUACUGGGGAAUGUUUCCGGGCCGUGAGAGAGCGACGGUAAUUUGGACUUAAUGAGGCCACGAACGCGAGGCCGGAAUUGGAAUUGAGAUGCCUUCGCUUUUGAUGUUCUUGUUUGACUGGAGACAACCGCUUUUUCCUGUGGGCCUCGGUUUCUUAUGGCGAGUGAGAAAGUUGGACGGGAACAGCCAGUGUUUUGUCUCCAAGCUUGGACUCUUGAGAAUCUGCUGGUGGCCCAUCUCGGCACUGGAGAGUGAUGCGGCCAAGCCGGCCGAGGCCCCCGACGCGCCGGAGGCGGCCAGCCCCGCCCAUUGGCCCAAGGAGAGCCUGGUUCUGUACCACUGGACCCAGUCCUUCAGCUCGCAGAAGGUGCGGCUGGUGAUCGCGGAGAAGGGGCUGGCGUGUGAGGAGCGGGACGUGAGCCUACCGCAGAGCGAGCACAAGGAGCCCUGGUUCAUGAGGCUCAACCUGGGCGAGGAGGUGCCCGUCAUCAUCCACCGUGACAACAUCAUCAGCGACUACGACCAGAUCAUCGACUACGUGGAGCGGACCUUCACGGGAGAGCACGUGGUGGCCCUGAUGCCCGAGGCAGGCAGCCCACAGCACGCGCGGGUGCUGCAGUACCGGGAGCUGCUGGACGCGCUGCCCAUGGAUGCCUACACACAUGGCUGCAUCCUGCACCCUGAGCUCACCACUGACUCCAUGAUCCCCAAGUACGCCACGGCCGAGAUCCGCAGACACUUAGCCAAUGCCACCACAGACCUCAUGAAACUGGACCAUGAAGAGGAGCCACAGCUGUCUGAGCCCUACCUUUCUAAACAAAAGAAGCUCAUGGCCAAGAUCUUGGAGCACGACGAUGUGAGCUACCUGAAGAAGAUCCUUGGGGAGCUGGCCAUGGUGCUGGACCAGAUCGAGGCUGAACUGGAGAAAAGGAAACUCGAGAAUGAGGGGAAGAAAUGCGAGCUGUGGCUCUGUGGCUGUGCCUUUACCCUGGCAGAUGUCCUCCUGGGGGCCACCCUACACCGCCUCAAGUUCCUGGGACUGUCCAAGAAAUACUGGGAAGACGGCAGCCGGCCCAACCUGCAGUCCUUCUUUGAGAGGGUGCAGAGACGCUUUGCCUUCCGGAAAGUCCUCGGUGACAUCCACACAACUCUGCUGUCUGCUGUGAUUCCCAAUGCAUUCCGGCUGGUCAAACGGAAACCCCCAUCAUUCUUUGGGGCAUCCUUCCUUAUGGGCUCCUUGGGCGGGAUGGGCUAUUUUGCCUACUGGUACCUCAAGAAAAAAUACAUCUAGAGCCAGGCCCACGGCCUGCUGUC